AUGCUUGUGUUAGACAAAAGCAGUUUGCCGGAGACAGAGAGACAUCUGUUAGAGAAGAAAAAAAUACUGGUUCUUGGUGAAGAACAGAUCGACAGAAAAUGGAUUCGAUCUACCAUUACGAACUAUGGAGUCAAACUGAUUCUGGUUGAAACCAAGCCCGAGGUCAUUCCUUCUGAAGAUGUAUACAAAUACAUACAGUACGAUUUUACUGACCAUGCACAAGACGAAACACAUGCUGCGGGAAUAUGUAAGAUAUUGACAGCUCUUAAAGUCUCCAUCGAUGGAUGCUGUACGUUCACAGAUGAAUGCGGACCACUAGCUGCUUAUGUAUGUGAGAAGUUGGAACUGACUGGAGGUGCAGGCGUAUUGGGGGCAAUGAAUGCUAAGUACAAAAGUUCAACACACACUUACCUUCAGAAACAAAUCAACGGUGUUCGCCAGUUCCCGCGAACGUACGAAUACACCGGAAGGUCCGUUAAGAUCACUUGUGAGGAAUCACUGAGAUCUGCCGCAGAAAAAGUUGGAUUCCCCGCGGUCUGUAAACCGGAUAGCGGAGCGCAUGGGGAUGGAGUGCAGCUGAUUCAGAGCAACGAGGAAUAUGAACGUGUCGGCAAGACAUUCUUAGAAGGGGAAUCAAUGAUGAUCAUGGAAUAUUUUGAUGGCACUGAACACGACAUCGAGGUGAUCAUAUGUCGAGGCGAGGUCCUUUCCGCCAUUGUUUCAGACAAUGGUCCUACAAGAAAGGGAUCCUUCGUGGAAACGUCUAUGUCAAUGCCAACGUGUCUACCUCCAUCCAAGGCCGCGCAACUCAGGACAGCAGCAUCACACUGUUGUAUUGAUAUCGGCCUCCGUAACGGCGUUUUUAAUGUAGAGAUGAAGUUUACGUCCACAGGUCCGAAGCUGCUGGAGAUCAAUGGGCGGAUGGGCGGAAACUAUGUACGAAAUUGGAUGUACACUUGCUACGGGUUUGAUCUACUUUGGUAUACGUCGGUAAUUGCAGCAGGAAUUCGGCCUCCUGUUCCGACAGAACAAACAAACGUCCACAUAAUGGGUAUCACCUGUGCUUGGCCUGACCAUGAACAUAUUCUAUGCAAAAAGGAAUUCGGGGAAAAAAUUGAUGAACUGAUCAAGACUGAUGAAAUCAAUUUCUUCGGCAGGAAUUUUUUUGAUCCUAAAGAAAAUGUCCACCAUGGCACCAUACCCGUUUGUAGCGUCGCAGUUGUCGGGCAUGACUUACAACACGCGAAAUCAACACUCUUGAAAAUAUGUAAGGACCUUGGAAUUCAAACUUUACGUUUUGAUGUGCCGACAUAUCUAUCAGAUUUUGUGUAG